GCGGCAGCACCGCGCAGGGCGCAGCGGAACCGCACACAGCUCAGCGGCACCGCGCAGGGCUCAGCCACAGAGCACCGCGGCACCGGCAGCAGCAGCAGGAGGACAAGCAGCGCACGGUGCUGGGAGCCCCGGCCGGCGGCACUGCUCGGAGAUGUCGGGGGUGCUGGUGAUCGCUGCCUGGUGCUUCCUGCAAGUGGAAAGCCGGCAUCCUGAAAUCAUCACGAGUAACAGCAAUCAUGGCAGUUUUCUGGACAACGACAAAUGGCUGAGCACCGUUUCACAGUAUGAUAAAGACAAGUACUGGAACAAAUUUCGGGAUGAUGAUUAUUUCAGAAACUGGAAUCCAAACAAGCCAUUUGAUCAAGCCCUUGAUCCAUCCAAAGAUCCCUGCCUGAAGGUGAAGUGCAGCCCACACAAAGUGUGUGUUACCCACGACUACGAGACUGCGAUUUGUGUGAGCCGCAAGCAACUGGUGCACAGCCUUCGACAAAAGAAAGGCAACUUGGCCCAGAAGCACUGGGCUGGAGCAGCCAGCAUGGCCAGGUGCAAGCCCUGCCCUGCGGCACACUCCAGCGCAGUCUGCGGCUCCGAUGGACACAGCUACAGCAGCAAGUGCAAGAUGGAGUUCCAUGCAUGUACUUCUGGCAAAACCAUCACAGCUCGAUGUGAAGGGCCCUGCCCUUGCCUGCCAGGACCUGAAAGUUUAAAACACAAGAUUGAGAAGACUGCUUGCACAGACAAAGAGCUGAGGAAUCUGGCUUCGAGGCUAAAAGACUGGUUCGGUGCCCUUCACGAGGAUGCGAAUCGUGUCAUCAAGCCCACGAGCUCGGAGACAGCACAAGGCAGAUUUGACACCAGCAUCCUACCAAUCUGUAAGGACUCCUUAGGCUGGAUGUUCAACAAACUUGACAUGAACUAUGACCUGCUGCUGGAUCCAUCGGAGAUCAGUGCCAUUUAUCUGGAUAAGUAUGAGCCGUGUGUCAAGCCACUCUUCAACUCCUGCGAUUCCUUCAAAGACGGGAAGCUUUCCAACAACGAGUGGUGCUAUUGCUUCCAGAAGCCGGGCGGUCUUCCUUGCCAGAAUGAAAUGAAUAGAAUUCAAAAGCUAAGUAGAGGGAAGAGUCUGUUGGGUGCUUUCAUCCCCCGGUGCAAUGAGGAAGGUUAUUACAAAGCCACGCAGUGCCAUGGCAGCACGGGACAGUGCUGGUGUGUUGAUAAGUAUGGGAAUGAGAUAGCUGGCUCCAGAAAGCAAGGCACAGUCAGCUGUGAAGAAGAGCAAGAAACUUCAGGGGAUUUUGGCAGUGGUGGAUCUGUUGUAUUGUUGGAUGAUUUGGAAGAGGAACCUGAAGCAACAAAAAAAGACAAAGAAGGGAAACUGAAGAUUCAUGUAAGAGCAGCUAAUGAAGAUGAUGAAGAUGAAGAUGAUGAUAAGGAUGAUGAAAUUGGUUAUAUAUGGUAGUGCCCAUCAUAAUGAGGACUCACGUUUUGCACAAUAUUGCAACUCACAUAAUAUCUCUGCAAUUGUAUCUGAGAGUACCUGGCACAAAUAUUCCCUCUACUGAGUUUAAUUUUGUAUAGUCAAUUUAAUUUGGAUGACAACUUUUUUUUUCCAGCAAGGACUGUUUGGGAUACAGCUUUUGUUCAAUUGGUUUGGGGGAUUUUUUUUCUGUCCACAGGGGCAAUGAGUUUAGUUUCAAACCCAUUUUGUGUCUUAAUUAAUCCUCACUUGCACCACUUACGAAAUCCAUCCUGUGAAAGAAUCCUGGAAGGGUCUCAAAAAAAAAACAAACAAUACAAAGGCUUAGAAGCCCCUCUCAUGUCAGAGAACUUGUGUCAUUAAUUGUUACUUGGAUCAUAUCAGAAAAAGCUUUUUUUUUCAUGAAGAAGGAAAAGUAGCUGCCUCAUUUUCUAGUCCACAUUUAUAAUGUCCCAGUGAAGAGUAAGUCUCUUUGGACAGUGGCUGCCCAGUACCAGGGCUUUAAUCCAGAAGAAAACCCACGGGCAGGACUUUCCCUUCCUUCCCUUCUCUUAGAAUGAGUCCAGUAGGCUUAUCCAGCUCACACUGAAGGCAAAACUCCCACCAGGGCACAGGUCAGCUCACUGACACUCUUUAUUUGAUAAAAGAACGUGCCCUUGACCUUAAAAGAUGCUGAGAACCUGCAGCUGUCCUGGACCAAGCCCUAAGGCAGGGGACAGAGUCCAUCUUCCUUUCAGAGUGUUUAAGGGAAGAGUAUUUUGUGAAUUUGUAGCAUCAUAACCACCCCCAGAGCUGUUCCUCAGCUGCUGUCUGAGCUCAUUUGCACUAGGAGGGUUUCAAAGAACACACAGGCAGCCUCUGCUUCCAGCUACACACCACAGACCUGUCUGGUCUCCAUUCAGCAACCCUCCUUCCAAAGCUGGAAUGCUGUCAAAGACAUGAACCCAAAAGUAACUGUCACUGAUUUAAUGUAAAGAUACCUGUUUAAAACAGCAGCUUUAGGUGGUGGUAUUUCAGAAGCAUAACCCCUUGGCUCAGUGUGAUGCUGCACACUUGUAAACACACUGCUAAAAAAGAAUAGUAUUAAAAUCCAAUCUGUGAUUCCCUCAAUACCUCCCAUAUAUUCAAAGCUCUUGUAUCAGAGCAUAUUGACAUUACAUUAUUUGCAGUGUCCUUUUCCAUGGCAGUUCUCAGUAAUGUGCUGUGGUGACCUUUUAUUAUUUUUGCUGUUUUGUGAAGCAGUAAGAGGAACCUUAAUCCCACUCUUGCAUUAGGAUGCAGGUGUGAGUAUUUUAGCAGUGCUUGUGGUUGGCCAGUGAGUUAUUUUGCAGAAUGAAAAACAUGUUUUUAUAACAAAAACUAAUUAGAUUUUUUUUUUCUGAGUUGUAGUGGAUAUAGAGGUGGAGACAGCACCAAGUCACAACAUGGUUGACCACAUAGUCAUUUGAAAGCUGGAAAGUACCACAGAGAUUGGCAGAAGUCAUUUUGUUAGGUACAUUGGCCUGGGGAUGUUGGCUCUCAGCCCUCUCCAAAGCCAGUGCCUGCCUGGCAGUCCUCUGGGUAGGACCUCUGCUUUCAGACGUGAUCAGAAAUGGAAUUCCUUUCAGGUACCAUGUGCUGCAGGGGCUCUCCUGUUUUCUCCUCUUUUAUUUCCUUUUUAUCCAGAUCAAUGACCUGAGAACAAAGAGCAAGCCUGCAUAAUCAUUAUUAAUGCAGAAGGAUGUGUAAAACCAUGAGGAAUUUGUUGUUUCACGCCCCUGCAUCCUCCCAAAAAUCUGCCAUCACAGUCACUUGCAAAAGGCCUGCAAUCUGCCCUGCCUCAAAUAAAUCCCUUUGGUUUUCCCAUAGCUUUAGAAAAAUAUAUUUAAUAGUCAUUUUCCAUGAGCUGCACUGCACACAGAGACACACACACACAUACACACUUUUUCUAUUUGCCUUUCACAGAAAUCCUGCCAACUUGCAGAAGGAGCAGAUAAUCCAGCAUUUCUGUCUCCCUAAAUAUGAUUUUGUGGGAAGCAAUUGAACAUCAUCAGUAGGUUCCUUCUCAAACGUCCUGUCUAGUUUGCCUCUGGUGUUUUUUUAAUUAACCCCACACUCUCUGGCUCUGUUGUCCUGUGCAAGACCUGCUUGUGGCACAGAGCUGCCAUUUCAUUCUGACAUAAAUCUGAGCUCCACAAUCAGCAGAUUAUGCUUAUCCUCCUGACUGGACUCAUUCUCCACGCAGAGCUAGGGGGUUUUUGGCAGUCCUGUGUCCCUCCACAAUGGCUUAUCCUGGGCUAUACAUUACAUCAAAGGUCACAGAGCAAAUCCCUUCUGCUGCCCUGCACCUCCCCAGGGUGAAGUCUGUGAAUCCAAGCCCUUGCAGGCAGUACCUGAGGCUGCAGUGGGCUGUGUCACAUGUAAACAUGCAAGAUGGUUAAAUCAAAGUUGUUAAAUAAGCCUUUAAAAGUGAACGUGAACAUCUUUGCGUUUACAUGCACAGACAUGGCAGCAGCACCCACUGGUGGUCUCCUGGCUGUGAUCUUUCACAUGCUUCCAAAUCAGAGCUGGAAGGGUUUGUAUCUGUCCCAGACUCACCAGCUCAAACAUGGGAUGGGUCCCAGUGAAACAGCUCCACGCCCAGCACAGCCUGGUGAGAGGACAGGUGCCUUGGCUGGCUCAGCACAUCCCCCUGUGCUCACACAAACACACCCAGUUGUUCUAAGCCUGCUGGCCUGGAUCCAGGCAGCCUCUCCCCUCCUGGUGACCACUCAGUCGCCUGUUUGACUCGUCCAAGUGUUCUUCUGACUCAGCCAGCAUGGGAAGUGUGCCAUUUUAUGGGCUGGGAAGCUGGGGGGGCUGCAGGGCAGCAGUGCCCAAUCCCAGGGGUCCCAGCCAGGCAGGAGCAGGGCACACAGGCUGCCGUGCUUGGAAGGGCAGCACAGACUCUGGACUGCUUUGAGAGCAAGUUCCCAAAUCCUGCAAAGCUAUUUAACAAAGCCCUUUUGAGAUCCACUGGCAUCUUCCCAUGGUGGGGGA